AUCACUCAGUAGAGUUCGGUACGCCACAUAACGAGAGUCAUGUUUCUUCUGGACGUAUUGUGCAUAAUUAGCACAUUACGUACCUAAUUAAUUUCAGAUUAUAUUUCCCAUAUUGAAUGCAUUGUUUAGUGUGAAGAAAUAUUGAGUAAUAUUUUGAGCAAUUUGUGUACAGAGGCAAGUGAGUGAUAAUCGAUUGGCUAAUUAAGCACAAUUUUAUCGGCUCGAGUGCUAUUGCUAUUGUAUGAUGACCGCUGUCGUAAUGAAUUCAGAAGCGAAUUGGGAUCCAACUCUAUCAAAACUCGUAAAUUCACUCAAAGAAACUGAAAGUUUGUCGAGUGAACAAGAGUUGGAUUUCUUACAAAGUUUACUUGAGUCGAAAGAGCUUAACGCGUUGGUAAAUGUGCACAGUAAAGUUGCGAAAGUAGGAAAAGAUGACAGACUAGCACCACUUAUGUCAAGUUCAUUACAGGUCGCAUUAGAAGUGUUGGAACAAGUGUCACAAAGAUGUCAUAUAUCGGCUGUAUCCAAGGAAAUUUUCACGUUACUACAAAAGCCACAUUUGCAGAGUUUACUUUGUGCUCAUGACGCUAUUGCACAGAAGGAUUUCUAUCCACAUUUACCUGAAAUACCAAUUGAGGUCGACGAAGACGAGGAAACGAUAAAAAUUGUUCAACUAGUUAAGAGUAAUGAACCAUUGACGGGAGUACAAAGUACGGAACCGAUUGUUGGUGCUACAAUUAAAACCGACGAACAAACUGGAAAAAUAAUCAUAGCUAGAAUUAUGCACGGCGGUGCUGCUGAUCGUAGUGGUUUAAUUCAUGUGGGUGACGAAGUCAUUGAAGUCAAUGGCAUUAAUGUUGAAGGAAAAACUCCAAACGAUGUUCUUGCAAUAUUGCAAAAUUCGGAAGGAACGAUAUUUUUCAAAUUAGUUCCGAAUGACGAUGGCAAAAAUGGACAACGGGAGAGCAAAGUUCGUGUGAGAGCCCAUUUCGACUAUCAUCCAGAGAAUGACCCUUAUAUACCUUGCAAAGAGGCAGGAUUGGGAUUUUUGAGAGGGGAAAUUUUACACAUUGUGUCACAGGAUGACGCAUAUUGGUGGCAAGCAAGAAAAGAAGUGGAAAGAACUGGCAGAGCAGGACUUAUACCGAGUAGACCUCUUCAGGAACGAAGAAUAAUACACGAACGGACACAAAAAGACACAAAUGGCGAUUCGAAAAAAGGUUCAUGUGCAUCAAUUUGUUCAACGCCACCCAGUUCCCCAAAUCCAAAUAACAUGUGCCACGGCAUUAAAACGAAAAAAAUUAUGUACGAUCUAGAUGAGAACGACGACUUUGAUAGGGAAAUGAUAGCCACGUACGAAGACGUAUGUAAAUUGUAUCCGCGACCAGGAGUAUUUAGACCGCUAGUAUUAAUCGGUGCACCGGGUGUAGGGCGAAAUGAACUUAAGCGAAGGCUAGCCGCUAUGGACCCGGAGAAAUAUCGCAGUCCUGUGCCAUACACGACACGGCCGAUAAGACAUGGUGAAGUUGCUGGUCGUGAAUAUAUAUUUAUAUCGCGGGAAAAGGUAGAAGCAGACAUUGCAGCCGGUAAAUUCAUUGAAUUCGGAGAGUAUAAAGGUCAUCUGUAUGGUACAUCGGGUGAAAGUGUCAAAUCGAUAAUCAAUGCUGGUUGUGUGUGCAUAUUAAGUCCUCAUUAUCAAGCUAUUAAAGCACUUCGGACACCACAGUUGAAGCCGUACAUAAUUCAUAUUAAACCACCGACAUUUGAAAAACUUAAGGAAACACGAACUGCAUUGAGGGCAAGAUCUACGUUCGACGAAACGAAUUCGAGAGGUUUCACUGACGAAGAACUAAUGGAUAUGGUUAAAUCUGCAGAACGCAUCGACUACUUAUAUGGUCACUUUUUCGACGAAGAAAUAAUUAAUUCUGAUUUGGCUACCGCAUUUGAACAGUUAGUUUUGUGUGCCGAACGAGCGGAGACGGAACCGCUAUGGGCCCCAUCCAGUUGGGUGCAAUAAAUUGAAAGCAACGGUAAGAGACGUUGUUAAGCUCUUCAUCAAGACUAUAUGGCACGACUGUUACAAUUUCCGAAAAUUUCUUACGUACUCGGGUUGUUGAUCUUUAACCGGAAUGAACGACCCCACAUAUACCAGUGUUACAUUUUUAAUUCAUAAUUUUCGAGAUAUAUUUUUCGUACCUUAAAAAAAAUUCGACUUUGAGAAAAGAAAAACUAAAAACAACAAAAAAAACAUAAACUUUUGAUAUAAUUAGCGAGCUUUAAAAGAACAUAGUACCCUUUCUUAUGAAUGUGUAUAAAGAACAAACAAAAAAC